AUGCAUGUAAAUGAAUAUGCUUUUAACUGUCCAAGACCCUCUUCAGGCCACGGCGGAGUUAACCAACUAGGUGGUGUGUUUGUUAACGGGAGGCCCUUACCGGACGCAGUUCGGCAACGGAUUGUGGAAUUGGCCCACCAAGGGGUCCGACCAUGUGAUAUCUCUCGACAGUUACGUGUCUCCCAUGGUUGCGUCAUCCCUCCUUACUUGGCCGAGUUGAAGUCCCUCCUCACUUGGCCGAGUGGAAGUCCCUCCUCACUUGGCCGAGUGGAAGUCCCUCCUCACUUGGCCGAGUGGAAGUCCUCCUCACUUGGCCAGGUGGAAGUCCCUCCUCACUUGGCCGAGUGGAAGUCCUCCUCACUUGGCCGAGUUGAAGUCCCUCCUCACUUGGCCGAGUGGAAGUCCCUCCUCACUUGGCCGAGUGGAAGUCCCUCCUCACUUGGCCGAGUGGAAGUCCCUCCUCACUUGGCCGAGUGGAAUCAACUUUCUCUCUUUUUCUUACUUUCCUCAUUCUCUUUUUCUCAUCUUUCCUCAUUCUCUUUUUCUCAUCUUUCCUCAUUCUCUUUUUCUCAUCUUUCCUCAUUCUCUUUUUCUCAUCUUUCCUCAUUCUCUUUUUCUCAUCUUUCUUCCACUGAUCAUUCCCACUCUCUUGUUUUUCUCUGUAUUCUAUUCAUCGCCAUAUUUUCUUUAAACUUUUUCUCUUUUCCGUCCUUUUUUCUCUCGUUUACAUUUUAUAUUUCUUGUACACUUCUACUUCUUUUGUGUCUUGUUUAUAACCCGGAGCAGAAAAAUAGUCCGGACCAUUUUUUUUUUCUCUUUGUCGCAUUCUCUUUCCUUUUCGCUCUUGUCUUUCCUUUUCGCUCUUGUCUUUACUUCUCGCUCUUGUCUUUACGUCUUCUCUCUUUCUUUACUUCCUCUCUCUUUCUUUACUUCCUCUCUCUUUCUUUACUUCCUCUCUCUUUCUUUACUUCCUCUCUCUUUCUUUACUUCCUCUCUCUUUCUUUACUUCCUCUCUCUUUCUUUACUUCCUCUCUCUUUCUUUACUUCCUCUCUCUUUCUUUUUCCUCUCUUUCUUUACUUCCUCUCUUGUCUAGUUCUUUUAUCUCUAUUCCCCCCUCUCUCUCUCUUAUGGUUUCGUAUAGACGCUCUGCUUCCUUUCUCUCUCAUAUUCUUUUUCUCUCUCUUUCUCUCUUUGCCAUUUUCACUCUUUUCUCUUUCUAUUUCCUUUUUCUUUUCUCCUUCUUUUGUACAGUUCUUUUUGGGUCUCUCUCUUUUACGCUCCGUUUCUUUUUCUCUACUCUUUCUUUUUUACUCUUCUCUCUUUCCAUUCUAGCUUUCUUUUUUCUAUCUUCCUUUUCUCUCUUUCUUUUUCUAGCACUUUUAUCUCUAUUUCUCUCUCUCUCUUAUUAUCUCUCUCUUAUUAUCUCUCUCGUUUAUGCUCCGUUCCUUUUUUUCUCUUGA